ACAAGCAGAGGACGCCUGCGCGCUCUCCACUACGGCCGCGCCUGCGCACUGCGUAAGAUCCGGGCUCCGCUCAGCGGCAUGAACGCCAGUUUUCAAGAUGGCGGCGGAGGGAGGAGGGAAGGAGACGAACGAAAUCAAAACUCAAUUCACGACCCGCGAAGGCGUCUACAAACUCCUCACCCACUCGGAAUACAGCCGCCCGAACAGAGUGCCCUUCAACUCGCAGGGCUCCAACCCCGUCAAGGUGUCGUUCGUCAACGUCAACGACCAGUCGGGCAACGGCGACAGGAUCUGCUUCAAUGUGGGAAGGGAGCUCUACUUCUACAUCUACAAAGGCGUCCGAAAGGCUGCUGAUCUUAGCAAACCGAUAGAUAAGAGGAUAUACAAAGGAACGCAGCCGACAUGUCACGACUUCAACCCCCUCACGGCUACAGCUGACAGCGUCUCCCUGCUUGUGGGCUUUUCAGCCGGCCAGGUGCAGCUCAUCGACCCCAUAAAGAAGGAAACCAGCAAGCUAUUCAACGAAGAAAGGCUGAUCGACAAGUCGCGGGUCACCUGCGUGCGGUGGGUCCCCGGCUCCGAGAGCCUGUUCCUGGUGGCCCACUCCAGUGGGAGCAUGUACCUCUACAACGUGGAGAACACCUGCGGCACCACGCCGCCCAACUACCAGCUGCUCAAGCAAGGGGAGAACUACGCCGUGCACACCUGCAAGAGCAAGUCGGCCCGCAACCCCCUGCUUCGCUGGACGGUGGGCGAGGGCGCCCUCAACGAGUUCGCCUUCUCGCCCGACGGGAAGUUCCUGGCGUGCGCCAGCCAGGACGGCUUCCUGCGCGUGUUCGGCUUCGACGCCGCCGAGCUCCACGGGACCAUGAAGAGCUACUUCGGCGGGCUUCUCUGCGUGUGCUGGAGCCCCGACGGACAGUACAUCGUGGCCGGCGGGGAGGACGACCUGGUGACCGUGUGGUCGUUCUCGGACUGCAGGGUGAUCGCGCGCGGCCACGGGCACAAGUCGUGGGUGAGCGUGGUGGCGUUCGACCACUGCACCACCAGCGUGGAGGACAGCGACCUCCCGGCGGAGUUCAGUGGCAGCGACGAGGAGUACCACGAGCAGACUAACUUUGGGGUGGGGCGGGACCGGGCCAACAGCGCCCAGUCGCGGCUCUCCAAGAGGAACUCGACGGAUGGCAGGCCGGUGAGCGUCACCUACCGUUUCGGCUCGGUGGGCCAGGACACACAGAUGUGUCUGUGGGACCUCACAGAGGACAUUCUCUUCCCACAUCUUCCCCUAUCUCGGACCAGGACUCACACGAAUGUCAUGAGUGCCACCAGCUCCCCUGCGGCUGGCACCGUCACCGCUGCUACCACCACCGCCGCCGCCGCCGCCGGCAAUUCGAGCGGGACGAAUGGCAGCAAUACGGGGAGCACUGGUAAUAACAGUGGCAACACUACUAAUUCCCUUCCGGCCACCCUGCCGCGGUCUAACAGCCUACCACACUCCAACCCCCAAGGGGGCACUACACCCAACAGCCACCCGAGCAGCAACAGCAGCACCACAACGGCAACCCCCACGCCCACGCCCACGCCCACCACUACCACCCCCGCCAGCAAGGGCGGCAGCAUCAUAGACAGCACCUUCAUCGCAACGGGGGUGAGCAAGUUCGCCACGCUGUCGUUGCACGACUCGCGCAAGGACCGCCACGAGAAGGACCACAAGAGGAACCACAGCAUGGGGCACAUCAACAGCAAGAGCAGCGACAAGCUCAACCAGCUCAGCUCCUCGCGGACGGCCAAGGCCGACGCGGCAAAGACCCUGGGGACCACCCUGUGCCCCCGCAUGGAGGAGGUGCCCCUGCUGGAGCCGCUGGUGUGCAAGAAGAUCGCGCACGAGAGACUCACCGUGUUGAUAUUCCUGGAGGACUGUCUGGUCACAGCGUGCCAGGAAGGUUUUGUUUGCACAUGGGCCCGGCCCGGGAAAGUGGUUUGAACGGCUGUUGAAGACUUGCCUCUUUCCGGAUGAUGACCCCCCUCCCACUUGUGUGCCAACUACACCCCUCACCUUUUAAUGUAUAAAAAGAAAAUCACUGCCUGGUUGGUUAUCAAAGUGUCUCUGCCUGUCUUGUCUUUCCACAGGGAUUGCUCUCAUCCCAGAGCCACACGGCCACCCCUCCCAGAGGGACCGUAGUAUAGCCCAGGUGCUGCUGGUCCACAGCUCCACAGCCCGACUAAGGGUGUUGAUCCGGGCCAGGCCCCGCAGCGCUGCUCCGUUAGCACACACCGCGAGCGCCGUCCCCGCCGCCGCCAGGACGCCCCGACACUCGGGUUGCUUUACAUUCAAUAGCAAAUAAUUGGCCAAACUGGUCGAAACCUGCAGCUUACUGGCCGAGAGAGAGAAGGGCAUUUGGGAGUGAGCAUGAAAGGUGGUCUAGGAAAUCGUAAGGGGAGGGAAGUGUGUCGGUGUGUUGAGUGUUAUCAAAUAGGCAUCAUUUAGGAAAUAGGCUAGACUUGGCCUGUUGAGGUGCCUGUUGGUUUAGGAGCAGGCAAGGCACAUCUUCAUGUAAGCUUUGACAUCUGUGCAAGCUUACAUUGUACGUCAGGAUGACCAAGGCGUGUGCGUGUGUGUGUGUUGCACCUAUAUCAUCUAAUCUGCCAUGGACUGUGCAGAUAAUGAGGGAAGACAGCAAGGGGUCGCUUUAGUCCCGGGCCUCGGAGAGUGCGGUGGCUUCUCAUCCCUGUGUUGUUCCUCAACUACAGAAAAGCUUUCAAACCUAAUCAGAUCACCUAUCUUAACUAUAUUUUGCACUGUUUGUUGUGUCCGUCUUACUGUUGGGUUUUCCAUUCAUUUACGAUUUGGGAUGAAGUGCGUCGACACGUGAGCGAAUUCAAAUCAAAGACGGCUUCAGAAGCACUUCACACAUGACUCGUGUACC